CAUUUUUGCGAAUCAAAUCAAAGUCUACGCAUGCACAACAGUGCUGCUCCGACAAAGCACAACAAGAUGUGUAACGGUGUCGCUGUCCUUGAUGUCAUCCACUGGAGCGACGACUUCAAAGAGUUAGCAGAGCCGAACCCCUUCAAGCAUAUUGACGUCACCUUCGAAGAAUGGCAAGAAAGGGAAGACGAACCUUAAAAAAUUGUUCUGGUUUUGGAUGUGUCGGGUAGUAUGUCGGGUCUGGAUCGCAUGGCUGUUUUGAAAGAAGCUGCCAAACACUACAUACAAGCUAUACCUGAUGGUUUGCGGAGACUGGCUAUCGUAUCAUUCUCCACAAAUGCCACAGUGACCCUCGAUAUGCUAAUCGUCAAUUCGACCACUCGGCAAGGGUUUAUGGACAAAGUGAAUGGUCUCGAACCUGCGGGCCAGACAUGCAUUGGCUGCGGACUUGAGCUGGCACGGAAGGUUCUGACUUCACCGCAUGAUCCUCCACAUGGCUCCAUCAUUCUACUGGUAACCGACGGCGAGGAGAACCGGACGCCUUAUGUUGCGAGCGUCAUGCAAAACCUCGUGAAGUCCCUCAUCGAAGUAAGCUCAUUUGCGAUUGGAAGAGAAGCUGACAAAGAACUUGAAGCUCUGGCUGCUGCAACGAAGGGCCAGUCGUUCUGUUUCCGAGACAGCCAACCAUUUAAUGGCGUCAACAUGGGUGCGGCGUUUGUGACAGCCAGUGCAUCCGAAGAGGAACCCCAAUGGCCCGUUACGAUAAGUUUUAGUGUUGCCAUUUUAACACAUUUGCCGCUACCUUUCCUCCCGUUCUUUUUUUUUUGCGACUAA